GUACAAGGAUGAUCGGGAGCCAUCGAUUCAACCUAUGGUAUAGUAACAUAUUGUUGUGCACUACUUGUCCAGGCAAGUCGGAGUAACUUACAACAAAGAGGUAAUGCAUCAAAUUAGAAAUGGGCCCUCCGGGGGAAGGUUUGGAAGGAGGAGAUCAUGAUGCUAGACUGCCGCAGUUCAAGCGCUCACUAUAGGCUGUGCAUAAGUCCGACACGUUCCAGUCCAGACUUGCCGCACCAUUUCCCUCAGAGAUCUUUCUGCUCAUUCUGGAGAUGGGGCAGGUGCAAUCUACCAUGACAAACAAUGUGGAGCGGCGUCACGGAGCAGUUUCGCAGGCGUGUUCCCUUGACAUGCAUCGAUCCACAACUCUUUACAACCUUGCCAACCUUCUCAGAGUCGGAUUCCAGCAGUGUGGGGUUCUGUCUGACCUGAACAAGGCCAUUGAGCUUUAUCAAACUGCACUAAUGAUCUGCCCCCCUGAUCACUCCGAGGUGCGAUACUCGUCACUCAAAAACCUUGCUGUCAGCCUUCGAGACAGAUUCGAACAGCAGGGCGUACUUUCUGACCUCGAUGAAGCAAUUAAACAUUCCCGAGCUGCACUGGCGCUCUGUCCUCAUCGAUUCACAUCUUUCAACACCCUUGCCGGUUGCCUUGUUGGAAAAUUUGGGCAGUGGGGCGUCCUGUCUGACCUCGAUGAAGCCAUUGAGCACUAUCGAGCUGCACUGGCGCUCUGUCCCCUAGGCCACCCUCAUCGAUCCGAAUUUCUCAACAACCUUGCCUCCAGCCUUAUAUACAGAUUUAGGCAGCAGGGCGUCCUGUCCGACCUGUCUGAGGCCAUCGAGCUCUUUCGAGCUGCACUGGUGCUCCAUCCCCCUGGCCAUCUUCAUCGAUCCAUAUCUCUUAACAACCUUGCCUCCAGCCUUCAAUGCAGAUUCCUGCAGCAGGGCAUCUUGUCAGACCUCGAUGAGGGCAUUGAGCUCCAUCGAGCUGCGCUGUUACUCCGGCCCCCGGGUCAUCCUGAGCGAUUCAAGUCUUUCUGCGACCUCGGAUGCGCCCUUCGAGCCAGAUUCAAGCAGCGGGGCGUCCUGUCUGAUCUAGAUGAAGCCAUUGACCUCUCUCGAGCCGCUCUGGUGAUCUAUCCCCCUGGCCAUUCUGGUAAAUCUAUUCCCCUGAGCAAUCUUGCUGUCUGCCUUCGUGAUAGAUUUGAGCAGCGGGGCAUCUUGUCUGACCUGGAUGAGUCCCUUGAGCUCCAUCGAGCUGCACUGGUGCUCAAUUCCUCUGACCAUCUCUCUAGAUCCACGUCUCUUAACAACCUUGCCGCCAGCCUUCAAAGCAGAUUCCGGCAGCAGGGCAUCCUGUCUGACCUAGAUGAGGCCAUUGUGCACUAUCGAGCUGCUCUGGUGCUCUGUCCCCCUGGCCAUCCUGAACAAUUAGCGUCUCUCAGCAAUCUUGCCACUGGCCUUCAAAUCAGAUUCACGAAGCGGGGCGUCCAGUCUGACCAGGAUGAGGCCAUUGAGCUUCAUCGAGCUGUACCGGCGCUCCUUCCCCUUGAUCAUCCUAAUAGAUCCGCAUCUCUCAGCAAUCUUGCCCUCAGCCUUCAAUCCAGAUUCAAGCUGCGGGGUGUCCCGUCUGACCUCGAUGAGGCCAUUGAGCGUGUACUCUGCCUUGUAUUCGAAUCCGAGGAGCGGGACGUCCCGUCUGACCUGAAUGAGGCCAUUGAGCUCCAUCGAGCUGCACUAAUGCUGCGUCCCCCUGGUCAUUCUGAUCGAUCCGGGUCUCUCAUCAAUCUUGCCAUCAGCCUUCACAUCAGAUUCACGCAGUGGGGCGUCCUGUCCGACGUGGAUGAGGCUAUUGAGCAUUAUCAAGCUGCACUAAUGCUGCGUCCCCCUGGUCAUUCUGAACGAUCCAUGUCUCUCAACAGUCUUGCCGCCAGCCUUCUAGACAGAUCCAAGUGGCAUGGUCUAUCUUCAGACUUGGACACGGCCUUCGGGAUUUAUUUACAGCUCUCUGAAGUAUCUCAUGCAGCCUCACGUAAUGAUCUUUAUGCUGUUAAGUCAUGGGCCGCCUCCGCUGAGCAGCUGGAGCAUGACUCUGCAUUGCUUGCCUAUCAGACCGCAUUGAGAUUUCUCGAUAAGCUCGUUGCUGUUCUGUCAUCUUCUUCCCACCAUUUUGAUGCGGUCAGGGAGGCCACUUCAUCCCUUGCAAUGGACGCUUUCUCGUGCAGUGUUCGUCAUGGUGCUUUGACAACUGCUGUGGAACUGGUGGAGCAAGGUCGUGCGGUAUUCUGGACCCAGUUGGCACGCUUCCGCACACCACUGGAUGAACUUUCCGCAUCCAGUGACACCGGCAAAGCCUUGGCGGAAGAGUUCAAGCGACUCAGCUUUCGCCUUCGUGACGCAUUCGAAGAUUCUACUCAAGACCGGACCUCACAAAUUCGGGAAGUGACCGCGCAAUGGAAUGAUGUCGUCUCACGCAUCCGCAUGCGGCCUGACUUUUCUCGGUUUCUCCUCCCUCCCCUGUUCUCCGACCUACAGAAGGCCGCAGAAGAAGGUCCAGUCAUCAUUGUCAAUGCUAGUCAGUACAGCUGUGACGCCUUGAUUAUCUUGAGCGCCCAAGAUCCUGUCCACGUUCCACUUGAUAUCGCGCGGGCCGACGUCUCCGAGUUGUCUUCCGAGUUCCAGUCCCUCGCCGAGGGCGUUGGUUCUUCUGAUCAUCAACUUGGGUUGCAGAAGUUUGUCUCUGUCCUACGCAAGCUUUGGCUUCAUAUCGUUGGCCCAGUAGUUCAAGCUCUUAAGGAGUCGAAUGUUAAUCGUGGCUCGCGUAUCUGGUGGUGUCCCACCGCUGAGUUCACCCUACUUCCUCUACAUGCAGCAGGGCCUUAUGAGAGGAAGAGAAGCAAUUUAUCUCACAUUUACAUAUCCUCUUACACCCCGACUUUGGCGACUCUCAUUCGUGCGAGACGGCAGGUAUCGCGAGAUGUGCAACAUUUUGUUGCCAUUGGUCAAGCAAACCCGGAUAUCGGAGGCAAGGAACUCCGAUGUGUCGCCCCCGAGUUAGCCGUCGUCGCUCAGCACAUCGCUCCCGUCAUGUCCUUCACAUCGCUUGCAGACAGCCAUGCAACAGUACAGGGAGCAUUGGAUGUAUUGAGCCAGAAUCAAUGGCUUCACCUGGCCUGCCAUGGAAUGCCGAAUCGACAACAACCAUUCGAGUCUUCUUUUGCGAUGCGUGACGGGCCUUUAAUGAUCAAGGACAUUGUCCGAUCUGACUGGCAGAGUCCGGAGUUUGCAUUCUUAUCGGCCUGCCACACUACCGUGGGCGAUGAGAAGAGUCCUGACGAGUCUAUCCAUCUCGCUGCAGCCAUGCAAUUCUCCGGAUUUCGCAGUGUGAUUGGUUCGAUGUGGUCUGUCGACGACGAGGUUGCACGGCAGAUGGCGUCUGCUUUUUACAGCAACCUGGUUGAUAGUUCUGGGAGAUUGGACUGCACGCGCGCCGCAGUCGCGUUGCACAAGGCUGUGAAGACGUUGCGGAAGAAGGUUCCACUGGAACAGCAGAUCGUAUUUGUUCACAUAGGUGUCUAGUUUCACUUUGCCUAUCUUCGCAUUUUCAGUAC